UUGAAAAUUGACAAUUUUAGAAAAGUUUCAAACUACAAAUGUGCGGAUGGAGGGCGAACAGUGGCUGCUGUCAAGAAACUGUAUGAGCCAUUUCGCGAUGAAAAAGCGGCACUGAGGGUUUACAGGGAAAUGCGGUUGCUGCAGAUGAUGGUACAUGAGAAUAUCGUACGGCUCUUGGACUUAUAUACGCCGGACAAGUCACUUUUCGCUUUUUCUGCAGUGUAUAUCGUAACGGAGUAUGCCGGUAAUAGCCUGUACGAGAUUUUGAAACGGGAGCGUGAGUUGAAAAAACGCAUACUAUCUCCGGAACACCACAAAUUUAUCAUUUACCAGUUGCUGCGUGCACUGAAAUAUUUACAUUCAGCAAAUGUUAUGCAUCGAGAUUUGAAGCCGGGAAAUCUAGCUGUCACUAACGACUGUGAUUUAUCGGUUCUGGAUUUUGGUUUGGCUCGUACACUGAAUGGCGAAGAUGCUGUUCUGUCGGCAUACGUGAUGACCCGUUGGUAUCGUAGCCCAGAGGUCAUGUAUUGGAAAAUCGAGUCUUACGACACACAAGCGGAUGUGUGGUCUGUGGGAUGUAUAUUGGCAGAGCUGACCCUUGGACGUCCGCUUUUUCCUGGAGAAGACUCGAUGGCCCAAUACCGACUUAUAGCAGAAUUGUGUGGAAGUCCAGACCGCGAUCUGUUAGCGAAAAUUGCCUCAAAUGAAGCAAUACUUAGUGUUAUAACGAAGUUGGGUGUCUAUCCUCGCAAAUCGUUUGCAGACUACUUUCCAAAAACUUGUUCUAUGCUGGUUAUCGAUUUCCUGGAUCGUAUUCUUGUUCUUGACCCGGAAAAAAGGAUGACGGUAGCAGAAGCCCUCGCGCAUCCUUACCUCCGGGAAUAUUCAAUGCCGGAUGACGAACCAAUCGCGGAUGGGCCCUUUACGUUGGAUGAAGGGUCAAGCUGCAAAACAAUUUCAGACUGGAAAGCACUUAUUUGGCAAGAACUGGUCAAAUUCAAACGACACAACGAGUGA